UGUGAUGAGUCAAUAACAAGAAGAACAGAAAGCUAUCCCUCUUGAUAAAUUGACACCUCAAUAAUUGUUGUAGAUUAAAAAGUAAAUAGAAGAGGUUUAACAUUAUUUUAUAAAAUAGGAAGUCUAAUCACUCAGUUAAUCAUUAUCUUAAUUCAGAAUUGCAAAUGCUAAAUAUGAAGAAAGCAAAGUCAUCUUAAAGAGAUUAGAUUAAACCCCUAAAGAUAAUGAUCUAUUAGUACCCAUUACUGCAUCACUCUAUGUACCAGGUACAAAUUAAAUAACAUAAUGAGGAAGAUUGAUUAAUCCAUAAUCAAUUAUGAUAGAUUACGGAACAGGAUAUUUUGUAGAGCGUAAUACUGAAUAGGGAUCACAUUUUUGUGAUAGAAAAUUAUAAUUAUUGAAAGAAUCAUAAGAUAAAUUGAGUAAUAUCAUAAAUUAGAAAAAGUAAUUCAUGGAUAAAUUAAAUAUUGAAUUAUAGAAACGAGUGUUAUAAGUAUAAUAAAUUUAAUAAUAAUAAUAAUAAUAAUAAUAAAAGAAAUAAUGA